CAAGGUUUCAACAUGUUAGUGUCAGCGAUAAGGACCAAAUCGGGCCUACUACCUAACGUUUCCCCAUCUAUUAUAGUUGAAUUACUUGCAAUGCUUACUAUGAGUAACGAUACACUCGACGCUGCGUCUCCACGUUUCCUCAACGAACAAAUACUGCAUGAGAGUGUGUCGGGAUCUAUCUAUAAAGUGUACGAUACGCAUUUGAGGAAAACUGCAGCUGUUAAGAAAUUCAAUACUGAUCUCUCAAGCAUCGCCCGCCACGAGUACGAAAUAUAUACGGCUAUUGGAGAGCAUCCCAAUGUGGCACAGGCGUAUGAUUUAUUUUACGAUGAUAUAAAUCAGCAAGCCUGUCUGGUUAUGGAGUUCUGCGAUGAUGGAUCUCUGGUAGACAGACUUACCGUCGCCCCAACUGGUUUCGGGCGUGAGGAAUUCUUACACUACAGCCGACAGUUAGCUGCUGCAGUCAUGCAUAUGCACUCGAAAGGGGUCGCACACCGAGAUAUCAAGGGAGACAACGUCUGUAUGAUGUCGUCUGGGCGAACACUGAAGCUCUUAGACCUGGGCGAAAGCCAAGUUGCAGAACUCCCGGUAGAAAUACUACAGUGUGGUACGAUCACGUAUUUAGCACCAGAAAUAGUAAGCGCGACACACACUGCGCGAAGCAGAGUAAACAUAUACAACUGGCAUUUCGAUUUGUAUAAGUCUGAUGUUUGGGCGUUGGGCAUUACCAUGUAUUCAAUGUCUACCUCAAGGCUGCCCUUCCAGUUCGCACAUGAGACCGAUAUUGGUUAUCUGCAUUAUCUACGGAGAGACACAUUUGGUGACUGGGACACCUGGUGUAGUAUCGACGGAGACAUUCAAGAACUACUGCUAAAUAUGUGUGACCCCGACCCAAAUAUUCGCUGGUCCAUGGAGCAGGUCGUGCACUAUUUGAGUGCUUUGUCGUGAGUGUAUCAUACUUUAGGCUGGUAAUAAUUCGACUCAUCUAGUAAGAGAUAUUUUUGGAGGCUGGAACACAUAGUGUAGUAUCGAGAGAACAUACAGGAACGAACCAAUGCUGCACGUGUCUAAUACCGAUACCAGUGCUCGUAGACCAUGAAGCAGGUCGUGCAAUAUUUGAGUGCUCCGUCGUAAGCAUAUAAUACUCUUGAGGAUCUAAGGUGAUAUCAAGUCAGCUCAUCACAAGCGAGACGGUUUUAUUCAAGGACAUAAGAAAUGUGCCCACACAAAAAACAGUAGGAGCAUGAAGUGCUAAAUCUUUUCUCUCUGUGAUAGAUUAGUAGCAACACCUCAAUUAUGAGAACGCAAAAAAAAAAAACUGUUCUUUACACGUAUAUGAAAAUAGCUCGAUCACAUGGGUACUGGUUACCAAUAAACACGUUCAACAAA